CUCCCUGGCCCCUUCUCUCUCCCUCUCUCUCUCUCCAUCUUCAUCCUCUUCGUCAAUCAGUCUUGGUAAGUCGAAACUCCUGUGUUUUCUCGUCCUGCCAUCCUAACCUCCCUGCGGGGGCGGUCUUUUCAUUACCAUCGCGAUGAAUAUCUAGAUUGAUGUGCCCUCUGUUGCCAUCCCCUCCUCGCCCUUAUUCUGAGUCAUCGUCUGUUUCAAUCCCCUACAAGAACGCGAAGAACUUGCGCAGGCUUCAUUUCUCAUCGGUGAUCUCGUCGGAGGUGUCAUGUGAGGUAUCAACAUCUUCCCAACCUAAUUAAGGCGUGGCGACUCUCUUGAGCACACUUCGCAAUCUCACAGCACUCCCAAGGCAAGGCGAUCCUAUCUCCCACAGUGCUCUAUCUGAUGCAAAGAUAUCGGUGAUUUCACAAAUCUUUCCCCUUUUUAUGAGUUGAGACCACAUCCUCCGGGACGCUAGCUUUUCGUUCCUCAAGCUUCUCGUGACUUCAAACUUGCAUCCCGCUCCAGCUGAACACGUUUAAGCGUGCGGACUCUGCUUACACACUUAACGUGUAUUAAACAGCUUCACUCUCUCGUCCUAUCAUUCAGGGCUUCUGGAAACACGUCUGUCCGUACUGAUUUAUCCAGCACGAUGGCCGAAUCCCCGCAGGGCGAGUUGCCAGGAGCUCAAGCUCCGGCUGCCCAAGAGUUCGUUCCGGCCCGUACCGAAUUGAAAACCGACGUCCUUGACGCUUCGUUCGUAACCCGCACCUUCCCCGACAUGUCUUUCAAUUCGAGCGUUGUCGGUCUCUGCGCGGUUCCUUACGAGAGGGCUGGAAUGGCUGAUCUUGGCUGGCACAUCACCGACUUUUUGGCCUUCAAGACUCUCCUCGUCGCCGAGACUUCGGUAAAAUCCCAGACUUGGCUAUCGCAGUGUGACAUUAGCAAUGUCGUCAAGGCCAGUCCCGAGAAAUAUGUUCAUGGACAGGAUGGUCGCGUGGUCAAGGGUGCCGCCACGACCGUUUUUUACGCCGAUGAACGAGGAAGACUCCAGCCCCGUGCUGACCAUAUCAAGGUCGAGCCGUCUGCCGAGAAGCUAAUGGUUGAUUUCUUCUCGACUAUUCUGAAAGAGGCUCAACAUGCCAGAGAGAAGGGUCACCCUCUGGUCAUCAUUGUCUGUGGCCUCACGUCAGUUGAACAGGAUGUCUACUUUGGCAAAACCGAAUCAAAGUAUCGCUUCACCAGUACCCAGAUCCGCCAUACUAUUGGCAAUGAUGUCGAUGUUAUCAUGAUAACACCCUCCCAAUUCUCAGAAGGUUGGCAGGUUAACCCUGCUUUCUGCCGUUCGCCAGUCGACAACGUACGCGCAAGCCGCACUGAAUUUCUCGCAAAGCAAUUCGGUGGUGUUUUCGCAAAGGAUAUUGUCGAACGGUUUCUCGGUUGGUCUUGCCCGUUCUUGGAUCAAGAUCGGGUUGACGAGAAGGUCAAAGAGGAUCGGUUUCUGGGUCCAAUCAAACCCUCGGAGGAGCAGAAGCAGGCCGCCGACGCCUUGAAGGUUAAGUUACAUAGCGCCCUGGCUGGUCGAUUAUCCCUCGGACACGGUGACCACGGUUUCAAUUUCGAUUCCGAGAGAGACGAUUGGACGAAGCUGAUCGGCCCCCGUGCCCACCGACCACUCGAGCAUUACCAGCGCAAGUGGGAGAAACUCGGAAUGAGUCCUGUGACCACGACGAGCGAGAAGGUCAGCCUCUUCGGGAAUGCCUUUGGCGGAAACCGGGAAUCGCAAGUUAAUCACAUUAAACAUCUCGUCCAGGAGUCGUUUCAGGCUUGGCCUCGCUACUGGGCCUUGCCAUUUGGCCGGAAGGCAAAGGAGGUGUUCGAUCUAUUCCUCCUGAAUAAGCGUCCCGAUGAUCGCGACUGUCGUGAGAUUUUCAACAUCAUGGAGCACCGCGCUUCCACAGCUGUUCUAGCGGACACGGUGGUGAAGUAUCUUGCUCUUCCAGUGCCGUACAACGAGCGAUGUAAGGACUGGAACGAAUCGAGAUGGACGGAUGAGUCGUCGGACGAAAACCAGCGAGCUAUCAACCGGCCGUACGCAGAAAUCAGCAAGCACAUUCCCCUAAUUAACGUGCCGCCGGAUGUAAACCCAAACCAGCUCAGCAAAAUCCAGAGCCGCUUAGAGGUUCCGGCAACCUACAUAGCUGUGUCUCUACGUCUUCGUUACCUCACUCAUGCCGAAGGUCUCGAGGCUGCGGAAAAGCAUAUCGUUGAUCUUUUCAGGGAGAUCAAGAUCCAACAGAUAAAGCUGCUGGUGGAAGACCCCGGAGUCUGUGCGACAUGCGCAGUCUGGCUUAAAUUAAUUGGCAUGCCUAUUCGAAGUCUCGACGCUGCAACGGCCUCGGUAGACCUCGAUGAAAUUCCGGUACGAGCCACGGCCGACCUGCCCAUCCGGCGUGGUAUGGAACCCACAGCGUCAACCUCAGGUGUAGGGAUCUCAGCUUCGACUCACCGACGAGGAGAUGCCGUCUCAGUGCUGAUUCAGGAGGCCGCAUUGCGGCUUGAUCCCGAUAAGGAGAUCAAACUAGCUCGUCAGGAGAGGCAGGAACUCGUAAAUGCUCUGUUGCGUUCGACACCUGGCCAGAACAGCCACAUCGCGGACAAGUUGAAGGGAGUCUUAGCAUACUUAGACUUCAUGGAGGGCGUGGCCAAAAAGAAAACCGAAGAGGAAGGAAAUGCACAGAAUGGCGUCGGAAUACCCGGACAGCAAACCAACGUACCGGAACCUUGUAUCGGCCAGCAAUCCCAGGCCGUUAGCGAGCGUGCGGACCAGCAGCCGGCGAUACCUACGGAGCUCACACAGUCGGGGCAAUCGGCUCGAGAACCUACGGGACAGAAGGCCUUUGUCCCGAGGGGCCAGCCUGGUAAUGAUGAGCUAGGCGGCGGAUGGUAGAAAUCGACACGAUAACGCACCGCCGGUCCUAACUCUUAAGGCAACCGCCCUACCUUUAAGCAGGCAUACAGGGUUCAUCUUGAAAAUGUGGAAAGUGUCGUUGUGAAGAUGGUUAAUUUCACGGCGACGAGCCACGCCUUUUGCCUACAGGAUUUC